AAAUACUCAUCAUUGUUUGUGAAGAAGCAUCCAAAAGGUCGUAUACCUUUUAAACAAAGACCAUAAACAUUAACGACAGGACUGUGAAGUAACAAAAGAUGGGAUAUUAUAUUUUCCGAAAAUCAUGGCAAUUUCGAAAAACCCUUUUGAGUACGAAGAAAAGAAUUAGUAGAUCCUACAUAAAUAAAACAGAUAUUUCUAGUACGGAGAGUGGAAAAGUUAAUGAUAUUUUAAUUACGAUGAGUAUAAAAGUUGAGGAAAUAAAGGAGAUCCUGAAGAAGUGGGAGCCCAUUUGGAUGUUUGGUUUUAAUCUUUAUGGAUUUUUGCGUGCUAAAGAAAUCAUGAAAGAGCGAAAAGAAGGUGAUACAAUAAUAUUGAUGGGAAAACAUGAGAAAGCUAGACAGAGGGUACUCAAAUAUUUUGAUCCGUUAGAUUCAGACAACAUCAAAGCAGAUAAACGAUAUUCCAUUAAGGGCUUAGAAGGUGGAUUGGUUGAACUCAAACAUAUAAAAACAGCCACAUCGCUAAUCUGUUAUCCUUCAAGUAAAAAAUUUACUGACGGUAAAAAAGAAAGGAAAAGUGAUAAUGAAACAAAGCUAGAAAGUGUUACGCAUGCAAUCAAACAUAUCCAUAGAUCCACUUUGCUCAUCUGCCAUCCUUCAAAUGAACCUUUUAAUGACGGUGACACAGAAUGGAUAAGUCUUAAUGAUAACGGAAAAAAUCUACAUAACAUAUACAGCCAUUGCCUUCUAGUUUUUACUGAUUGCGCUUGCAAGUGUGUCCGUCAACGCGAAAUUCCAGAAUCAAUACAACGUAUAUGCACAGGAUCUACAAUUUUGCACAGGUUGGAUGGAAAGGCGUUUGGAGUUAGGUUGUUUUUCUUGAAACACACCGGAAAUAUGCAGUAUGGUGAACUACUGAUGGACUGCUUGUACGUUUUUUUUGAUUUAUUUGUUAUUGUAAAACAAAUUAAGAAAAUCAUUAAUAUUUUCCGGCGAAGGACAUAACUCGAAAGUGGUCUAAUGGACUUUCAGUUAAAGUCAAUGUAAGGGCGGAGUCCUACCUGUUGAAUAUUUUGCAUUUGAAGUCUGAUAGAGAUAGAUACGAUCGACGUAGUCGCCAAACUUUGAUUUAUUUAUUCAAAGACUUGCAUUUUUGUUUAAAGUCACUGGUGAGAGAGUUUGACUCUUUUACUAAUUCAUAACCACACAUAAGGUUUCGAUUGAAUGUAUCUACAACGGGACAUGUUCCUCGAACAAUUACUCUACUUAGUUCGUAUCUUUGAAAUUGAAACAAGACAGCUUUUUUUUUUUAGUUUAUUCACUGACAAACAUGACGGGAAACUUAGAAUCAUGCAUUAUGUUGUAUCAUGAUUAUUGCACAGCUUUUACACGAUCCCUGCUUAAUACAGCCAAAGGCAAGUGUGAGACAUCACACAUAUAUCCUUUAUGUUCGACGGUUUCCAUUUAGUUGACCUCGUAAGAUGUUUCCGGUGCCUAUCAGUACGUACCCACUUUAACUGGAUAUAUUGUUUAUAUUUUAUCUCCAAAAAAUUUAUAAUGUGGUGGUUUUCAUUAUACUGGUCUCAGUCAAAACUUAUUUUACCCCCCUGGAAUCUCCUGGUUUUAACAGUUUUUUGGAGGAAAAAUAAAUAAUUUUUCACAAAAAUAUUUGACUUGUAUCACACAAAAAUGCUUUUGACUCAAACUUAAUAUUCCAUAUUUUCAGUUCAUAUUUGUGGGUGUAAACCUUAAAAUCCAGGAGCACAUAAAUAAAUAGUACAGGAAUGUAAUGUAUCACUUAUACUUGGGCAAAGAUUUUAAUAGACAAUCCCUUACUCAACAGGCAGUACAAUAUAAGCUACACACAAAUGCGCAGUAGUUUCUGCUCAGUCUACUCUUGAGGAGAGAGGUCAUUAUUCAUCUUUAUCGCUUUGACUAUACAAAGUAAUGAUGAACAUUUUUAUGGUUUUAUAAUAAAGCUAUUUUAAUUUUUGAAAGAAAACGUCAAGACAACUGUUGAGAUUGUUAUAUUUGACGUGUUUGUACGUCCAUUGUUCGCCCCCUUAGCAAGUUGUUUUUAACACUGCUUCCCCUACUAAAACUAUUGCUACCACGUAAAAUGUUUACAAAUAAAACCUUAUUAAUUUAGCGCGUCUGGAUUAAUUUUCACCAAGAAUGCUCAGAAUGAAUAUUUAAA